CACACCCUGUAAGCAUACCCUCCCGAGUUCUUCGAAUGGCUUGCAUGGAAGUUACCUCUCCCGCGCUCAACAUAAAGUUGUCUCAAUUUUCUUACGAGGAAUAGUGUAGCGUAACUAUUUUCGUAUCGGGGCUCAUUCGGCAACAUAGACACAGUAGCAACAAGUACAAAAAGCCACUGCAUCGAACAGCUGAAAAUUCAAUCCCACCGUGGGAUGGAUUAACCUCUAGAAAAACCUGACUGGAUACUCCAUUUGUCGGCAGCACCCAAUGUGCUUACCACAUGAUGUGUGACUUCAGGAGGGCUCAGGAUUUGUUAGUCGUGAACACCUCUGGACUCUCCCUCCAUUGUUUCUCCCUCUUUUUGCAACGCAUACGGCACAGGGUCUGACAUGAAGAAAGUGGUCCAUUGGUCAACGAAGGACGUGCUCCUGUGGCUGACUGAUGUGGGAAUGCAGGAAUACUCAGAGGCCUUACGCCACCUGAACGGCAAGGGCCUCCUGCAGCUCUCUAAAGCGGACUUCCAGACUGCUCCUCUGGCCCUUGUCACCUUGGACGGAGGCAGACAGCUCCUGGACAAGAUGGAGACUCUCAGGAUAGACCACCACAUUGAAACACAUAAAAACGGGCAUGCCAACGGACACACCAUCUUGGCCGUCAACAGUGAGGUUAAUGGGAACAAGCCCAAGAGGAACGGUGUGGUCAAUGAGUUCCACAAGGAGCGGAUCCAGAUCCCCAUGCCUGAGAUCACCCGCUCUCCGUUUCCUGAGGAGUGGGGGAAGACGGGCGUGGCUUUUGUCUACGCCAUGAUCUGCUUCAUCUUCACCACCAUUAUGAUCUCCGUGGUCCACGAACGUGUGCCUGCCAAGGAGGCCACUCCACCCCUGCCAGACAAGUUCUUUGACUUUUUCGGGCGAGUAGACUGGGCUUUUUCUAUAUGCGAAAUCAACGGCAUGAUACUGGUCGUCCUGUGGCUUCUACAGUGGGCACUGUUAAAAUAUAGGUCCAUCGUUGGUCGGCGGUUCUUCUUCAUCAUUGGCACACUCUACCUCUACAGGUGUAUCACCAUGUACAUCACCACACUCCCCGUGCCAGGGAUGCAUUUCAAGUGCUCUCCUAAGCUGUUUGGUGACUGGGCAUCCCAAAUGAGCCGAGUGAUGAAGAUGAUUGCAGGAGGAGGCCUGACCAUCACUGGCUCCCACCACAUGUGUGGGGACUACCUUUACAGUGGCCACACAGUCAUGCUGACACUCAGCUAUCUCUUCAUUAAAGAGUAUUCCUCCAAAAAGUUAUGGUGGUACCACUGGAUCUGCUGGCUGCUCUGUGCUGUGGGACUCUUCUGCAUUCUCCUGGCUCAUGACCACUACUCUAUAGACGUGGCGGUGGCUUACUUCAUCACCACACGCCUAUUCUGGUGGUACCACACCAUGGCCAACCAGCAAACGCUAAAGGAAUCAUCGCAGAGCAACUUUUUCUCAAGGGUGUGGUGGUACCGAUUUUUCCAGUACCUUGAACAGAAUGUCACAGGCAUCGUCCCUCGGAACUUCCAGAUGCCGCUGUCAUGGCGACUGGCCCAGUGGAGUCAAGGGAAGUACAGCCGUAUCGACACUGUGUGCUGUGACAGGAGGAAUUGACCCCCCCCCCCCCUAGAAGGACAUGGUGUUGGACUCUUAACUACACUCCUGAAAGUGCCAUAUCUAAUCACAAGAAGAUGCCCUAUUAGUCAAGCUCCGUAGCUGUUCCAUUUCCCUUUUGCGUUCUCCUGUAACGCACACUCCAGUCCAACUGGCUAGCUCUGUGACCAAGCAUCGUUUCAGCCAAAACAUUUCACAUUGGAAAACAGUCGAUCAUCUAAUCUGAAAGCUAUAAGGGUUUCCAGUGAGUGGAUCGCAAGCAUUUUCAUUGGCAGGUCCAGAUCUAGUUCAGUUAACAAUAGGACAUGUAACUAUAUAUGUCAACACCAAUAUCUCGCUCUGUAAUUGUUACAGAUACUCUGUUGCUGAAAUUGAACAAAACAAUCAUGUUUGUCAUGGCAAUUGGGCUGUUCCAAAUGUUUAGUCUUUCAUGCUCAAAUGUUUUACCAAGUUUUGGUUCAAAGACGUGCUGUAGCGUUGAGAACUGACCUGUCAGGAUGCAGGAGGCGCUUUUUGUAGCGCAAACCAUUUCCUAAGUAUAUAAACAACGUGGUCUCAGAGCAUUUCGUAUUAUUCUGUAUGUAAAUCCAAGACACUCCGUUUAGUAUGCUAUUUUACGUUUCAUAUGGUGUGCAUUCUUACGUUUCAUAUGGUGUGCAUUCUUUCGUUUCAUAUGGUGUGCAUUCUUUUGUGGAUGUUCGUCAUCCAUUUCGUAUUAUGUUACGAAUUACAAUUCGUGUGAUAUGCUACAAAUUACAUUUCUUAUGAUAUGUUACAAAUUGCAAUUCGUACAAUAUGUUACGAAUUUCAAUUCGUAUAAUAUGUUACGAAUUCCAAUUAGUUGUGGAUAACGUUAGCUAGGUGGCAAGGUUGCUAAUGCUACAGUUAGCUAGCUGGCUAACGUUAGCUAGGCUAGGGGUUAAGGUUUGGGAUAGGCUUAGGAGUUAGGUUAAAGGGCUAGGGGAAAGGUUAGCUAACAUGCUAAGUAAUUGCAAAGUAGCUAAAAAGUAGUAAGUACUUGCAAAGUUGCUAAUUAGCUAGAAUGCUAAAGUUGUCCGUGAUGAGACUAAAACACGCAAUGCUAGAUGUUCACGUUAAAAGCCCAUCCAUCCAUCCACCCCGACCAACCACCCUCCUUUCGUUUUUCCUUAAGUAACCACUAAUUUCAGUGUCCCAGAUUUACAUUUACUAUGUUACGUCUAGUCUAUGAGACUAGUCUGAUAUAACAGAUUUAUUUUUCAAAUUAAUGCUUUAGAUUUCUACAGUUGGGAGACAAAAGUGAAAAGGAGAUAAGAAUUAGUAACAAUCUUCCUCAGUGCCUUUCUUGUUAUGAUUGUAUAGUAAGUGUAGCAGUGUCCUCACUAAUGUCACGACUUCCGCAGAAGUUGGUGCCUCUCCUUGUUCGGGUGGCGUUCGGCGGUCGACGUCACCGGCUUUCUAGCCGUCACCGAUCUACGUUUCUUUUUCUAUGUUGUUCUGUCUUGAUUGUACACACCUGGUUCCCAUUACGUUAUAAUUUAUUCCCUAUUUAACCCUCUGGUUCCCACAUGGUUUUGUGCGUGUUUGUUCUUUGUUUAGUGUUCAAGACUUCUGUGAGCUGGUGUGUUUUUCCCUGCGUGGAAAUCAUUGUUGUUUCUUUUCGAGUAAAGUACGUCUUUUACUCAGUUAUGUGUCCUGCACCUGACUCCGUCCUAACCGCUGCACACUGACAUUUGACAACUAAUGUAUUCAUGUUGAAUUAAAUGACCGUUUUAAAGUUAUACAUCAGUAUUUAGACUGGAACAGAUAGGACGAUGCUUGAAUGAUCCUGAUGCUGAUCACCGAUAUAGCACACACACACUUGAACAAUUAUGACUCCAUUACAAAGGAUCAUGCAAUUCUUUGAAUCCGGUCAGUGUCUUUCCAAGGCAAUCGUGUUUGAAAAAAGAAAUCCUGACUCAUUUCUUAUUUUCUAUUGAUUUAUUUAUUACAUUGAUUAUUGCUCAUGUUUUUCUCUGUUAGGGGAAUAUUAGACUCUCUAUGUCAUGUAACUUCUUGCCUAUUAUGCCAAAUAGCUGCAUUGUGUGUGCUGUCCUUUGACCAAAUUGUAGGUCAGUGUGAUGGAGAGAGAGGAUAACACAGUGAGGUUUUAUUGAGGGGUCAUGACAAUGACUCUGCUUACUGAUGAAGACUGACCCAAAUGCCCCUCUCCUCAAAUGAAAUGUAUACCUCAGAACUGUCCUGUUAACCACCCAAUUAGAAGAGCUGAUUGUGGUGUAACCAUGGGGAAAAAUGUAUCCGAUAGGAAAUAAAUCAUAUUUAGCCGA